AUGCUGACCUCCGGUCUGACAAACACCCCGCUCACCAAAACCUUGCUCAUUUACACCAUCGCUUCUUCGAUCGCUCUCUCCAUUCUCGAUGUCAAGCAUCUCGCAAUAAUUCAUGUGUCGCCACACUUUUGGCCAUACAUACAAGUAUGGCGCGCAUUGAUCUGGCAAAUAGCUGGCUUCACAAAUUCCACAGAGGCACUGUUCGCCGCAAUGCUAGUGUACCAUCUACGCGUUGUAGAGCGAGCUUGGGGAAAGCGGAAGAUGGCGACUUUCAUCCUCAUAACAUUACCUUUCACCACAAUCCUCCCACCCCUCAUUCUCACUCUGAUUGUCCGUCCGCUCUCCCUAAAUACACUCAAUUAUCUUCCCUCCGGACCGACAGCGACAGUAUUUGCUUUAUUAGCGCAAUACUACGCGACAAUACCUGCUGUAUUCCGGUAUCGGAUCAGCACAACCGCAUCUUCCAGCGCGAACGCUGCCACUCCUGCCAACACGAAUAACAGCGACAACGACCCUCCGACGAGGAAUACAGCGUCCAAGCCCCCACCGCCGAAACUUUCGAUUCUCCUCUCCGAUAAAUCGACGACAUAUAUUAUAGCAGCCCAACUCGCACUCUCCCAAUUCCCCGCAAUGCUUCUCCCAUCCGCCAUCGGCUGGGUCGUGGGCAUGGCCUGGCGUGCAGAGCUCUUUCCUAGUCUAUCGCCUUCUGCAACAGGAUUUCACAUACCGGCGUGGAUAUUUAACGAACGUGAAAGGAGGAGUGGGAUACAUAACACUGCCGGGGAGCGGGAACGAUACGAAGACUUAAGACGACGAUUAGAAGGGGAGGCUGCAGCUUCAACUUCUGGAAUAGAUAGCGCUGAUGGACAGAGGAGAAGGAAUGUUAACAGUACAACUAGUACGGGCCGAGAAGGCAAUGGUGGGCUUAUGGAGCGAUUAAGAGGAGCUUGGUGA